GACUACGGCGCAUGCGCACAAUCCUACAGUGAGAAAAGACAAACUUGGCUUCAGCGCACAUACCCAUGUACACGUCCACCAGCCGGAGGCGAGCACGCGUGGUCUGUCGGGGCUCAGAUGAACCUCUGCAGCCAACAGUGACUUAAAAAAAAUCAGGCAGGGAGUGUGUGUGCUGUUCAGCUGACUAUCUCUGAUUGUGUGCGAGUGGACGUGGAGAGAUGCCUCCAGCAACGGGCGGUCCGGUGGGCUACACCCCUCCAGAAGGAGGCUGGGGUUGGGCCGUAGUGGUCGGUGCUUUCAUCAGCAUCGGUUUCUCCUACGCAUUCCCCAAAUCUAUCACGGUGUUUUUCAAAGAUAUUGAGGUGAUCUUCGACGCCACCAGCAGUCAGGUCUCAUGGAUCUCCUCCAUCAUGCUGGCUGUCAUGUAUGCAGGAGGACCAAUCAGCAGCAUCCUGGUGAACAAGUAUGGUAGCCGACCAAUCGUCAUCAUCGGAGGCUGUCUGGCCAGCAUAGGCUUGAUCUCUGCAUCCUUUUGCAACACAGUGGAGGGACUAUACUUUUGUGUGGGAGUUAUAGGAGGUCUUGGUUUGGCAUUCAAUCUGAAUCCUGCUUUGACCAUGAUCGGAAAGUACUUCUAUAAGAAGCGUCCGAUUGCUAACGGCAUUGCCAUGGCCGGCAGCCCCGUGUUCCUCUCCACAUUGGCACCUCUGAACAGCUGGCUAUAUGAUCAGUUUGGCUGGAGGGGGAGUUUCCUUAUUCUUGGUGGUGCACUGCUUAACUGUUGUGUGGCCGGGUCACUGAUGCGACCCAUCGGACCAAAACCGCAGCCCACACCUGCUGUACAGGAUGAUGGGACCAGAGAACACAAGAAGAAAACAGUGAUGCAAACCAUCAACAGUUUCAUUGACCUGACGCUAUUUAAGCAUCGUGGUUUCCUGCUUUACCUCUUGGGCAAUGUAAUUAUGUUUUUUGGUCUGUUUGCACCACUCGUCUUCCUCAGCAACUAUGCAAAAAGCAUUGGCAUCUCCAAAGACAAGGCAGCCUUCCUGCUCUCCAUGCUGGCCUUCACAGACAUGGUGGCACGACCAUCUAUGGGCCUGUUGGCUAAUACCCGCUGGGUUCGUCCACGCAUACAGUAUUUCUUUGCGGCAGCAGUGCUGUAUAACGGGGUGUGUCACCUGUUGGCACCGAUAUCCGUGGACUAUCUGGGUUUCUCCAUCUAUGCAGUGUUUUUCGGUGUGGCAUUUGGCUGGCUCAGCUCAGUGCUCUUCGAGACCCUCAUGGACUUGGUGGGAGCGCAGAGGUUCUCUAGUGCCGUGGGCCUCGUCACCAUUGUGGAGUGUGGACCAGUGCUGCUCGGACCCCCCCUACUGGGCAAACUGAACGACAUCUACCACGACUACAAAUACACAUACAUCGGCUGUGGCAUUGUACUAGUCGUGGCCAGCAUAUUUCUGUUCGUCGGUAUGGGCAUUAACUACCAUCUGCUGGACCAAGAGAAGAAAGAGGAGGAGAGGAAAGCUGAGCUUGAAGUCAAGGAACAAGAAACUAACAUAGACAAUGCCAUACAAGAGAACAACGCUGAGAACGACGUGUCUAUACCGCUCACGCAAGCAGACGUGGCCAAAUCGGAAGACAGCGCUGUGUGAUGUUCGUGUAUGCACCGCAACACACGCUCAUGUGACACGCUCAUGUCCACAAUAAACAAGAACGAGUAGCAGAUGGAUUCACAUUUUAGAAUUGUAAUAAGAUUUAACUAGCCAUAUUGUACACACACACAGACACACACUCGCACACUCGAUGCAGACAUCCUCAUUCAUUCACAAACUAGCUAUAGACCAUCUUGUCUGUCAUGCUGGACUACUGCCAUCAGAUCAUUUCUCCUGCUUUGUCCUGUCUCUGCUUUUUCCACCAAAGAAAGUUCACGCAAACACUCCAGCGCAGUGGUGUUGGGUUUUUUUGUUUUUUUUUUUCCAAAAAGAAAAAG